GGGACCAUUGACUGUAAACUGUAAAGUCCACCACUUUGGCUUCUGCCAAAACCUCAAAAAGCUGCAAUCCAUCUUCUCAUUCAAAUCCAGACCCACUUCGAUCUCAUCGUGUGGAUACCGAUUAUGGGUCAUGAGGCAGCAGCGGCAGAGGCACAGUACGCCAAGGCCAAGACAUCCGUCUGGUGGGACAUCGAGAAUUGCGCCGUCCCCAAAGGUUGCGACCCGCACGCCAUUGCCCAGAACAUCGCCUCCGCUCUAACCAACAUUGGAUACUGUGGACCCGUCUCCAUCUCCGCCUACGGUGACACGAAAAGCAUCUCCGUCUCCGCCCAGCACGCCCUCUCCUCAACCGGCGUCACCCUCAACCACGUCCCGGCUGGUAUUAAAGAUGCAAGUGACAAAAAGAUACUCGUAGACAUGUUGCUCUGGGCAGUUGACAAUCCUGCACCUGCUAAUUAUUUGUUGAUCUCUGGUGACCGAGACUUCUCUAAUGCUCUUCACCAGUUGCGCAUGAGAAGAUAUAAUAUUCUUCUAGCGCAACCUCUGAAAGCAUCUGCGCCCCUUAUUGCAGCAGCAAAGACUGUAUGGCUUUGGACAAACCUUGUGGUUGGAGGACCCCCACUACCAAAUGGAGAACCUCAACAACUUGGUAAUGGGAGAAGCUUUAACUCUGUAUCCACUUCGGGCUUGGUACACAUUCCACUUUCUGAUGCCAUUCGGAUAAGCUUCCCUGAAGUUAGUAAGCUGAACAUUUCUGGAAACAGCAAUGGCCUUCAUGAUUCUUCUUUGUCCGUGCAACAAAAACAAACUAUAGUUCAGAGCAAUGAUGCUAUCAACAACCCUCCAAACUCACAAAAUGGACGUAUGGUGCCGAACAUGCCACAAUUUCAGCAUGACCCUCAGAGCAAUGGGUACCCUCUUGGUCCUGAAUAUCCAUCCUCAUCUUCAUCAUUAGUGACCUCAAGUGUGAACCCUGGUAAUGUUACGUGGAGAUCUCCAGGGUGUCCAGAACCUUCUGAAUUUGUCCAGGGCCUCUUGGGGGUUAUCAUACUUGCUUUGAAUGCCCUAAAGAAUGAAAAUAUAAUGCCAGCUGAAGCAAAUGUAGCUAAUUCCAAGAAUGAGAGUGUGAAGAUUAAGGAGGUUGUUUCAAAUGCUGAGAAGGGAGAGAAAGAAGAGAGAGGGAAGAGCAGCUUUGGGCUAGAAGAUGGGCAAGCCACAACAGGGAAGAGCUGGAGAAAGAAUGAAUCGGUUGAUGUUGCUAUUGCUGCGGCUGAGCCCCAGAGCAAGGGGGAAUUGGACAGAAAACUGCCACCAUCGCGCACUAACAAGAUCAAUAACUGGUCCACCACGAAGAAAUCAACCAGGAAUGGGAAUGGAGUUGGAAGUGGAUUUGACAGGGGAGAGAGGGGAGAAAGAGGAGGAUUUUUUGACUCCCAAUCGAAAGGAGAUGAAGUUGACAGCUGGGUAUCAAACAUGAGUGAUAACAACUACACUGAGGCACUUGGGAGGUUCGAUGAUCAUUUUGAAAGGAGAAGCAAUUUUGAUUCCCUGAAGUCAAGGGACUCUCCAAGAGAUUCAGAUAAGAAAAAUGAGGAGAGUGGCAGUGAUGGUAUAAGGCCGAAGCAUGUUCUGCAGCCAUGGACGGUGCCUUCGAAUGAAAAGGGAAAGGGGGAGUCACCUGUAGUUAAGCCUAAGGUGUCCAAUCCAUUUGGGGAGGCAAGGCCAAGGGAGGAGGUGUUGGCAGAGAAAGGGAAAGAUUGGAAGGAAAUAGAAGAGAAGCUAGAUGUUAUGAAGAUUAAGGAGGUGGUUUCAGGUGCUGACAAAGGAGAGAGAGCAAGGCCAAGAGAGGAGGUGUUGGCAGAGAAAGGGAAAGAUUGGAAGGAAAUAGAAGAGAAGCUAGAGGCUAUGAAGAUUAAGGAGGUGGUUUUAGUUGCUGACAAAGGAGAGAGAGGUAGGAGCAGUUUUUGGCUUGGAAAUGAGCAAGCCUCGACAGAGAGGAGCUGGAGAAAGAAUGAAUCUGUUGAUGCUGCUACUGCUGCAAUUGAACCCCAUAGUGAGGAUGGAAAGGGGGAGUCACCUGUAGUUAAGCCUAAGGGGUCCAAUCCAUUUGGGGAAGCAAGGCCAAGAGAGGAGGUGUUGGCAGAGAAAGGGAAAGAUUGGAAGGAAAUAGAAGAGAAGCUAGAGGCUAUGAAAAUUAAGGAGGUGGUUUCAGGUGCUGACAAAGGGGAGAGAGGUAGGAGUAGUUUUUGGCUUGGAAAUGAGCAAGCCUCGACAAAGAGCAGCUGGAGAAAGAACGAAUCUGUUGAUGAUGCGGCUGCUGCUGCUGUUGAACCCCAUAGUGAGGAGGAGUUAAAUAGAGAACUGCCACAGUCAUGCUCUGAUGAGGUUAACAACCUUUCUGCAGCAAAGAGAUCAACUGGGAAUGGAAAUGGUUUUGGGAGUGGCUUCGACAGGAGAGAAAGGGAAGAAGGAGGAGGGUUUUCUUAUUUGAAAUGGGAAGCAGAUGAAGCUGACAGUUGGGUGUCAAACAAGACUAAUAACAACUAUGCUGAGGUGCCUAGGACGUUUGGUGGCGAUUUUGAAAGGAGAAGUAGUUUUGAUCCCUUGCAGUUGGGGGACUCUUCAAGAGAUUCAGAAAAUUGGGCUAAGAAAAAAGAGGAAAGUGGCAGUGUUGGUGUGAAUCCAAGGCUUGUUCUGCAGCCAUUGAUGGUGCCUUUGAAUGAGGAUGGAAAAAGGGAGUCACGGGUAACUAAGCCUCGGGGGUCCAAUCUGUUUGGUGAAGCAAGGCCAAGGGAGGAGGUGUUGGCAAAAAAAGGGAAAGAUCGGAAGGAGAUUAAAGAGAAGCGCAAGGUUGGGAAGAUUAAGGAGGUGGAUUCAGGUGUUGAGAAUGGAAAGAGAGGGGAGAGGAGGAGCAGUUUUUGGCCUAGAAACGGUGGAGCCUCAACUGAGAGGAGCUGGAGAAAGAACAAAUCUGCUGCUGCUGCUGUAGCUGAGCCCCAGAGUGUGGAGAAAACUGACAUCAAUUGCAAUGAUGCAGAGAAUUGAAGAUAGAGAUUUGCGAUCACAAAGUUUAGAUCAACGGUAAGAGGAGGCAAGAAGAUUUAUGAUGGUAUAGUAAUUUUUCCUAUAUCACCGACUGGUUUUGUUGAUUUUAUCUGGGAUUCGAGAGCAAAGAUGAAAGAAGCCCUUGAACAGACACAAGGCAGAUACAUUUAGGUAAAUACUGUUGAGGUGACAGAGUUAUACAGCUUGCUUUGAGCAUAUCAUGAAUCUGCCUUUCCCUAUCAUCUAGUUAGCACAUUGGUUCAAGCCUGCUACAGUUAUCUCUUUCAUCUUCUGGAUUUUGUUAGGAAUUGUUCAACUAGAGUAAGUUUACAGCAUGCCUUUGAGUCAACAAAUUUCAAGGAAAUUACACUGCUGAGGAUGAAUGUGAAUAUAUUUUGGUUUGUACAUAGGAUCAUCUUCUUCUUAGUGUAUAUAACCUAUGCAAAGUAAUUAAAUGGCGAGUACAAUCAUCAUGGAAGUUAGUUUUUCAUCUCCAAGAUGACUACUUCUACAUGGCUAUGUAUGUUUUGUGUAAGCUGAUUGCUGUGUAAUAAAUAUAUUCUACUUUU